AUGCUAAGUAUGCUGCUGACCUACCUGGAAGAAGACUUUCUUGUUGCCCUCCACGUGCUUUGCCUGGUUCAACGCCAGGUGGGCUUUGAUUUUGCUAGCACCAGCCCCGCAUACGCAGACAGCCUGGCAAAUGUGCUCCCCAGAGCAAAGGGCAUCGAGAGGAAGACAGCUGAAACCUUUGGCACGGCCUGGCUGCCUGGAGAUGCCACAGCUAGAUAUUUUGCUGUGGAGGUGAGUCUGUUGGGAAAUUACUGCCCGCGUGCAGUGACUGUGGGCCUGGGGCAGUGCAGGAGUAGUAUAAAAGUGGGCCCUUCUCCUCACUCUCUCAUCCACUCCUCUCGCCUCCAUCUCCUUGCGAACAAGGUGCACCUCCGGACCCAAGACAUGUCCUGCUACAACCAGUGCCUGCCCUGCCAGCCCUGCGGCCCGACCCCGCUGGCCAACAGCUGCAAUGAGCCCUGCGUCAGGCAGUGCCAGGACUCCACCGUCGUCAUCCAGCCCUCCCCCGUGGUGGUGACCCUGCCCGGCCCCAUCCUCAGCUCCUUCCCACAGAGCACCGCUGUGGGAUCCUCUACCUCCGCUGCUGUUGGCAGCAUCCUCAGCUCUGAGGGAGUGCCCAUCUCCUCCGGGGGCUUUGGCCUCUCCGGCUUUGGCAGCCGCUACUGCGGCAGGAGGUGCCUCCCCUGCUAA